UAUUAUAGUGAACGGCGUGAAGGUGGUGUUUACUGAGUUGUUGACUGCGUGCCUUUCGGACGACAACGCUUAUCAUUCAUUCCACUCUCUCGCUUAACCCUCACUCUCUCAGUUAGCGCGCUAGCUAACCAUUUUGGCGCUAUGCAUGAAAGAUACCAGUGACAAGCGUGGAUAUUAACUGCAAAGCAGGAUCAGAAGCCUUAAGUGAAAAGAUAAGCAUGUCUAAUAGGAGACGAUGUGUGGGUGAUAUAACGUUACAGAUGGGUGACAAAUUAAAGUGAAAACCAGAAUAAGUGAGUGGAGAAACAUCACGAGUGCAGAUGCUUCCAGACAGCUGUUCGAUACACUUCUUCAAGGGUUAUUUAGGAAAGCUAACAUGAAAGGACUAUAUUGCAAGCUGAGUGAAACUGGGGAGGUGAAGUUUAUUAUACAGGAGUCGAGUGUGCCUACAACUAUUGGAAAGCAUCAAGUCAAAGUUCAAGUAAAGGGCUGUGCGUUGAGUCCUGUUGACAUAAAGUUGUGUGAGGAUUUGAAGCUGCAGAGAGAGCACGUCCCUGUUGGAAGGGAGAUCGCAGGAGUUGUACUCCAAGUUGGGCCCAAAGUGACCUUUUUCCAGCCCGAUGAUGAAGUUGUAGGAAUUCUCCCCCUGGAUGCUGAAAUGUCUGGUCUCUGUGAUGUUGUCCUCAUAGAUGAAUAUAAUUUAGUUCAGAAGCCUGAGAAGGUGAGCUGGUUUGAAGCUGCUGGAGCGAUUAAGGAUGCUCUCAGGGCUUACACAGCUCUGCACACUCUGGCCCGGAUGGCUGUGGGACACACGCUGCUCGUGCUGGAUGGGGCAAGUCCAUUUGGACUGCUGGCCAUCCAGCUAGCCCACUACCAUGGGGUGAAAGUCCUGGCUACUGCCGUGUCCCCUGAAGACCAAAAGUUUCUAGAACAGCUUCGGCCAAGUGUGGGUGUGCUGGAAUCGCUUGUAGCCAGGGUGAUUGGAGUCUGGGACUCAAAAGUGGACCUGGUAGACUCAUGCCUGGAAGAGACCGGAGGGCUUGGAGUGGACAUAGUCAUUGACACAGGAGUGCAGCUCUAUGAAGAGGAACCAGAGGUCAAGAAACAUCUCCCACACAAACACGAUAUCAUCAGUCUUCUUGGGGUCGGUGGUCACUGGGUCACCACAGAAGACAACUUGCAACUUGAUCCUCCAGACAGUCGCAGUCUGUUCCUGAAGGCAGCCUCUGUCUCUUUUCUAAAUGAGGAGGUGUGGGAAGCAUCCAGGGCCAGACAGGGCAGAUAUCUUCAUAUAAUGAAGGACGUGGUGGAGAAGCUAGCAACAGGGACCUUCAGGCCUCUUGUAGAAAAUCCUGUGCCUUUGUAUGAAGCCACUGUUUCCAUGGAGAUGGUGCAGCGAAGACAACUCCGAAAGCGGGUAGUGGUGAAGCUUUAGUGUUGAAGAUUCUGGAUUCUGGAGUGAAUCAUUUCACAGGAAAGUGACUUUGGUAACAACUGCAUAAGAGUACGCUGACUUGUUCAGCAGCCAGUAAUGUGCAUAUGUAUGUGUUGCACUAUGUAAGGUAUGUCAAUUAUCACCUUUUUAAUUUUUCAUAGAUUGCAGAAGCGUUCUGUUUAUUCCAAGCAUACUUUUUAUUAUUUAAUUUUUUUUUUAUUGGUUACUACUGAACACUGAUUUUCAGCUUUGUUUGCAGUAUAGAUCAGACAUUGUCUAAGUUAACAUUUAUAUGUAAUUUUACAAAAAAAGGAAUGUUACAUUUCUAUAACCCCACUAAAAAUGAGAUGUGACACUGUAAUUGUAUAAAAAUGAUAAGACUGAUCUGAUUAAACAUUUUAACAAACUGAAAA